AUGUACUUGCCCUGGGCCUUCCCAGACUUCAAACCAAGCGCAAGAGCAGUCCUUCCAGUCUUCUGCACAACCCUAAAGCCUGUCCUUUAUCAAGAGUCUGGAUUCUCUCCACUAGAAAUCGAACUAGAUCAAAUAGCCCUCCUUGCAACUGUCCGCCUAUGGCGUCUUGACCCUUACCACCCACUUCGAAGACGCGCAGAACAGAUCGCCAGUAAUAGCAACAAACUAGCCGAUUUACCUGCCAUAUAUUGGCCCUCCCAAACUCUGAACAGAUAA